CGUCAUGCGAGGAGGAGGGUGAGACUUUCCAAGCAACUUAGUUGGAGCCGUUCUGGAUCACCGACUCACCACUUACAUUCCACUCCUUUCUUCGACUCUAUUUCUUCCUUUACCCAACUUAGACCCGGAGGCCCACCUCCGUAUCGAAUCUAUAUUGAUUCUGGUGUGGUCUUUAUGUGUCUCACAUCAUUAGCCCCAGCAUGCCCUAUCAUUGCCCCAUUCUGUUUGCUGUAUUACGCCGUGUUCAUUCCAAUCCUUCGUUGGCUCCAUGUUUUCGUAUAUCGACCCUUCUACGACGGUGGUGGUAACCGAAUGCCUGUGAUCCAUGAGAUCAUCAUCUCUUCGUUAAUUCUUAGCCAGCUUUUGCUAGGUACUGUGUUGCUUCUGAAACAGUCCUUUAUCUUUGGAAUUACCACGACAAUUAUGACCUUCCCGACUCUUCUCUUUAGCGAACUGACGAAAGAAAAAUUCCAAAGGGCUUACAACGAUGCUGGUCUAUGGCAAACCAGCAAGCUGGACGGAUUGACAAACAAGGAAACCAUAAAAGGCAGAGAAAAAUAUCGGCGGUGGCUCGUCGAUGUCCAUAAGGCAAGUUAUGUCCCCAUUUGUCUGUCGGGAGGCGAGGACUUUUUGACGAGUCAGCCGGCUGUGGUAGUUCCAAUCGAACGCGAACUCAAGGCAGAGGGAGGGAGAAGAUCUAUUGAUCGACAGCCAACUCAAAAGGGUGCUAUAUUUCGAAGGUACGAUUUGGAGUCGUAACUUUUCAAGUAAUUUCAAAAUUGUAAAAUGUAGUGGAUUAAUAAUAAUAGGUUGUAACA